AUGCCGCAGGUUGUGUACUAUCACCGCGGUCCCGGGACCGACGAGUCAAAGACGACCAGCGUCCUCGAAGGUCUUCUCGGUCUAGGAGUUCGACAAGACAUUGUCGAUUGCUACCGCUUCAUCUGCGACAACUACAACCCCGGCGACGAGAUCGUCAUUUUGGGAUUCUCACGGGGCGCAUUCACAGCCCGCUCCAUCUCCUCCAUGGUCUGCUCCCUGGGCUUCCUCAACCGCACCGGCCUCCGCCAUCUCGCAGACAUCUACCAGGACUACCAGUCGUUCAACGAAUGGACCAGCGAGUUCCUGUACGACUCGAGCAAGCAUCUCCGUGCCUUCACUGUCGAGCAGCUGGGGAAAAGAGUCAAGAAGGAGUUCAUGGAUAAGAUGGAGAGGAUUGAGAGGAAACUCGACGGCCGAGGGUAUGAGUCUGAUGAACGGAAGAAACAGCUCGGGGAGGAGUUCGCCAAGUUGUAUGCAACCUAUGAGAGGAGGCUCAACCCGGAAGCUUUGAAGAAGCGGCUUGAGAGAGAAAAGGCGGAGCUGUUCAAGAGGAUGACGCAAAUGAAGAAGGACAAUGGCCAGAUGAGGUUCAGGAAGAUGGCAAAAGCGUAUCGCGGUCAGCUGUCAGAGUAUCAAAUGUGCCUCACAAGGAGGAGUAGCAUGCAGGCCCAAACAACAUUCGAAGCUGUGGAAGGAAGAGUGAAGGCAGUUGGGAUGGCGGAUCAACUCACGUCGAUCGGCGUCGAGUUCAGCAAGCAGGAAAUGAAGCGCAUCUUCCGCACCAUCCCAUCCCCGAGCGACGCCCGUCCCUGGGGUCUCGGCAAGAUCACCAGCCCCGACAGCCUCGUGACAACACUCCCCGAUGCCGCUUGGAACGCAGUCACCCUUCCCUACCGAACUGUCACGAACCAAUGGACAGAGAGCUCCACACGCAAGCCCGGCUUAUACAGAGACGAGCUCCGCGACAAGGCUCUGACCAACACAGUCGAGCUCAUCCACCCCUCCGUCCGUGUGCGCUACCUCUACCACGGCCUCGGCGUCGACGACUCGGGCGAGUGGCAAUGCAAAGCCCUCUCCGGCCGCGGCUGGCAGCUCAUGUUCGAGAAGAGCCCGCCCAAGGAGGAGAACAUCCGACCGGGCCGCGACCCGAACGUCAUCGACCAGUACAAGACCACCACCGGCUCCGUCACCGCCGUGUACGAGCAGUACCCGCGCGACCACCAAGAGUACUCCGCCGAGGAGAAGUUCAUCAAGGCCGAGCAGCCGCUGGAGUCCGACCUCAAGACGCUCGACGCGCCGAAGAACACGUGGACGUGGCGCCUGCGGCACGGCGACCGCCAGCUCGUGCUGCCCGAGGAGCAGGUGGGCAUGUGGGAGCGUAUGUACAUCGAGAUCAACGACGAUAUGGUCAGGUGGCAGAAGAUGACGAUGGAUGAGCGCAAGAAGCGGUGGAGCAGGGGCGACCAGAUCAGAGACUUGGCGAGGGAGAGCGUUGCUUUUGCGUUUGAUGCGGUCGAUCAGAUUGUGAAGACAGCGGUUGGUACGGUGUUUGGUGGGCCCCCGGAGAAGUACCUUCCCAAGGGGUACCCGAGCGAACACGGCUAUCAUGAUUUUGUGUCGUGGCAACGAGGUCUGGAAGAUGACAACUCGUUUGAUUCAAGGAGGAUCUCUGUUGGUUCUGAGGGAUACGGGAGUUGGUAA